AUGGCUCCUAUUCGCAAACCAACUGUUAGAAAAGAGUGUCGAUGCUUUAUCUGUAAAAGCAAGACACUAGGAUUCAAUCGUGUAUCUGUUAAAACAUUUAAACGUCAUCAAGAAAAAGAUAAUCAUGAUAUUACACAUGUUCAAACGCCCCAUGAAGACACAUGCGAUACAAUUAGUAGUGCUGUUUCUGAGCCUGUAAAUCAAGAGGAAGAUAGUUUUGAAUUUGAACAGGAAGAUGUUGAAAUGAAUUCUGAGCUUAGAAACCUAAAUGACACAAAUGACAUUUUGGAUAUAUGGACAAGAAACCAACCUUUCUCUGAAACGGAUUGCGUGUUUGGCUCUGAAGAUAAUGUCCAGUAUACAAGUGACACUUACAAAGAAGAAGAAGAAUAUGAAGAUGAAUCCGAUAUUGAGAUGGACAAUGAUGAAGAUUCUUUGUUGGAAUCAAUCUCAGAAUUGAAUUUGAUUCACCAAUUCAUUGUUAUUUUGGUUGCUCUUUUUGUCUCGCUAUACGUUGUGGAUGAAGGAGCUGUAAUCCUGAUUGCCAUAAUCAACAAGAUACUGCAGUUUUUGUUUGACCCAUUCUGCCUUCCAGUGAGUGUUGCUGGCCUCAAACGUUUGGCCGGAUUUGAAGCGUUGACAAGUGGUGUCAAGAAGUAUGUUGCAUGUAGCAAAUGCCAUGCCAUAUAUGAUAAUGAAGCCGCCCCUUUGUAUUGUACAUCACCCAAUUUUGGUAAAACCUCCUUGUGUGGCAACAGCUUGUUUAAGUCUGGUCCCGGGUCAAAAGCACCCAAAAAGACAUAUGUAUUCCACUCCGUCAAGAAAGCUCUAAAGACGUUUUUUCAACACCCGGAUUUUGAAAACAACAAUCAACUCAUGGAACCACGGCCCGAAAAUGGAUAG